GAGCUGCCGGCGCGCCCCUGCCGACUCCCCCCGCAAAAGUUGGAGUCUUCGCUUGCGAGUUGCUAGCAGAGUCGCGCGCCGACAGCUACGCGGCGCAGAAAGUUAUGGCUUCUCCGGCCAAAGGCAGUGACUUGUUUUCGUCGGAUGAGGAGGGCCCCGCGGUGCUGGCCGGCCCGGGCCCCGGGCCUGGGGGAGCCGAGGGCAGUUCGGAGGAGCGCAGAAUCAAGGUCUCUAGCCUGCCCUUCAGCGUGGAGGCGCUCAUGUCCGACAAGAAGCCGCCCAAGGAGUCGCCCUCUGUGCCACCCGACUGCCCCUCAGCUGGCGCUGUGCUGCGGCCACUGUUGCUGCCGGGACACGGCGUCCGGGACGCUCACAGUCCCGGGCCUCUCGUCAAGCCCUUCGAGACCGCCUCGGUCAAGUCGGAAAAUUCCGAAGACGGAGCGGCGUGGAUACAGGAGCCCGGCAGAUACUCUCCGCCGCCCAGACAUAUGAGCCCCACCACCUGCACCCUGAGGAAACACAAGACCAACCGGAAGCCACGUACACCCUUCACCACAUCCCAGCUUCUAGCCCUGGAGCGCAAGUUCCGCCAGAAACAGUACCUCUCCAUCGCAGAGCGGGCUGAGUUCUCCAGCUCUCUGAACCUUACAGAAACCCAGGUCAAAAUCUGGUUCCAGAACCGAAGGGCUAAGGCAAAAAGACUGCAGGAGGCAGAACUGGAAAAGCUGAAAAUGGCUGCCAAACCUAUGCUGCCCUCAGGUUUCAGUCUGCCUUUCCCUAUCAACUCACCCCUGCAAGCAGCAUCCCUGUAUGGAGCAUCCUACCCCUUCCACAGACCUGUGCUUCCCAUCCCGCCCGUUGGACUCUAUGCCACACCGGUUGGAUAUGGCAUGUACCAUCUAUCCUAAAGAAGCGGAGAUGGACAGACUCCAGGAUGGAUGUUUGCAUAAAAGCCUCCCCUCCCUCUCCAAGAAGGUGGUGCCAGUCCAGCUCCAGAAUGCAAAAUUUGCAUCCAUCGCCACCCUAAGCUGACAGGCCCACAGGGCCACUUGAUACAGAGUGAAUUUGUUAUUUAGGUGA